AGACAAUCUAGAGCAUCCUAAAGGAAUGCAUUGCGACGAAAAAGCACUUCUGCUCGGUCUCCUUGCUAAACGAACUCGCCCGCCACACUGCGCACAUUAAUCGAUUGGAACUUGGCUACGCCGAUGAUUUACGCGAUCAACAUGGCACAGAGAGCCACGAUGACUCUUCAAGCGACUCUGCAAGACGGCACAAGUAUAAACCUCACCAUCUCCCCAGGUUCAAGGUCGACACCAGCAGUCACUGCAUCUGCAACCUUGGGUCACAGUUCACUCUCAAUUGGGAUCCAUACUUCGCCUUCCAACCCUAUCCGCUCAACAACUCCUUCGUUAAGGAAAUAUCAAAGCCCAGCAGCCAUGCCUCACGUGACACCUCAGAAUCCCCCAGUGGACAUUGUUGCCGUCGACAGCGGAAACAAAAGCUACCUGUUCUACGUCAACCCAGACAAGAACCUGUCCUACCUGGAAUCCCCCGACGACUCCGGAUCCGGCGAUUACAAGAGGAAGAGGAUUCAGAUCGGCGAGGACGACAUUCGUGUUUCAGACAAGACUCAGCAGGUCGCUGCAAUCACGUGGAACCAGAAUGACGCUGGUACCAAAGAGAUCCGCGUGUACUAUGUGGAUCCGGGCCAGAAGCUCAGGGAGGUGUGCAAGACGGGCGACGCACCUUGGUACGAGGGCUCACUCGGCUCGGCCAAGAAGGAGAAGCACACUAUCGAGGAGGGCUCUUCCAUUUCCGCCACUGUCCACUACUACAGGGACGGGAAGUGGAACUUGAGGGUCUACGGCGUCAAGAAGGGGAACGAGAAUGAGUACAAUGUUCCUCAGAUGUCGGUCUUCAAGUUUCUUUUCGACGAGAAGGGGCAGAACACUCAUGACUGGUCUCCUAACAUCAUCACCAACGAGAUCAAGAGCUACUAAGGUCUCAGCUGAGGAUAUCAAGACCUUGCUGGGAAGUAUCCUGGCGAAAAGUUGGUGCUAGGGAUCACUGUCUGGUAGAAAGACUUACGGGGCUUUCGAAAGUGGGUUACACUCGUUUUAGAGGUUAAGAUCUGGUUUCUGGUCGCAUGACGGACAGCGCUUUUGAAAGUGGCCUACACUC